UGUACAUUCACAGGUUUCAUGAGUAACCAAUAAAGGCGCACUUUGCAACUAAAACCAUAUGGUUGGGGCUUUCCCGGUAUUUAAAUUGGGAGCAUUGGCUAUAAAACAAAUAGGAAAGCCCCUGGCCAACUACCUGAAGCGCAAGGCCAAAACAAAUACAUUUUUCAGGAACUAUGUGUGCCUGCCUCCAGCGCAAUUAUAUCAUUUGUGGGAAACCCGACUAAAAUUAAAAUUAUUGGGUCUGGAAUUACCAAAGGAGGUUAACAAGUUGAGUGAAGAUGCUGCCGUUGACCUUGGGUCAGAAGUGCUCGGGGAAAUUAUCAUUUUUGUGGUUGGGGCCACUUGCCUUCUGCUUGAAUAUCGCCGGCAAGUAAGGAAAGAACAUAAUAAGGAUGAUUGCAUACAACAAACACUGGAUCAGCUAACUAGUCGGGUUAAUGAGCUCAUGACGGUAGUUGAGAUUCAGGACGCCAAGGUCAGGGAGCUUGCAAAAGCGAUAGCCAUUUCUAGUCCCAAACAUGACCAUUAAGAUAUGUAAAAUACUUAAAUGUAUGCCUUAGAAGUUUUUUUUCAAAUAUAAAUUCGACAUUUAUGUUUCUUGCUUUUUGACUUAUUGCGUUGAAAUUGAUUCACAGCGAACGGUUUCAAAAUUCAUACUGGGUGUUGAUUUCGGAAGCACUCAUGCAUGCGCCAGGGUCUACACUAUGGAUCUUAAGGUCAUCGGAUGUAGCAGCACCAAAGUACCUCGGCUUGAAGGGUCUGAUGGUGCUUGCGAAUUGGAUCCAGAAGCUGUAUGGGAAUCCUUUUGCAAGCUGUUAGAUGAAGUAUUACAAGAUGCAGCAAUUAACCCUGAUCGGAUCAAUUGUAUAGGUAUUUCGGUUCAGCGAAAUAGCCUAUUGUUGUGGGAUAAGAAGACAUCAAAUCCUCGAACUCGUGUUAUCACGUGGCUAGAUACACGUUCUUUGGAUCUCGCCAAAAAGUUAAAUCACUCUUUUAUCUUUCGUAGUAUGAAAACUGCUGGCCAUAUGUUAUAUUGGAUGACACAUCAAUCAAGGUUUAAAGCGUUGGCGUCGUACCACUUCAAGACAGUAUUAGCAUGUAUACGUCUCAAAUAUUUAUUAAAUGAGAAACCAAAGCUUAUUGAUGAGUGUCGUAAGGGGUUACUUUGCUAUGGUUGUUUGGAGACAUGGUUGCUAUGGCGGCUCACAGGUGGCAAAACAUUUGCUACGGAUGUUAGCUGUGCAAGUGUUACUGGCAUGUAUGAUUCCUUUUCUUGUAAAUGGAGCCGUCCGAUUUUGGCUAGUUUAGGAAUACCUGCCAAUAUUCUUCCUGGUGUGUAUCCUUCCAGUUAUUAUUAUGGCACUGUUCAAAAUGGUCCACUGGGGUAUUCAUCAAAUCCUUCUUUGUCUAUUCCAAUCACUGGUAUCAUUGGUGAUGCUCAAGCUGCCACCUUAACAGAAAAUUGUUUAUCUCCUUGUCAAGCUAAGCUUACAUUAGGCACUGGGAUAUUUUUAAAUUUACUUUCUGGUUCUAAAGCUCUAGCCGUAAUGAAUGGCUUUUAUCCUGUUAUUGGAUGGGCAUCUGGUCACCCGUAUUUUGACUGUAUUUCGACUUUUUAUAUGGGUUCUACUAGCAGUUCUUCGGAAUCUCCAUCAUCUGUACCAUCUACAUCUAGAUCUUUUCAUCUGGGUGAUCUUACUUAUUUAGUUGAAGGUUUCUAUCCACAUGCUGGUACACUUAUUGAUUGGUUGCAGUCAGAAAAUAUUUUCUGUACGUAUUCUGAGUUGGAAGAAAUGCUUUAUAGUGGUGAUCGACUUGGUUUGGAUGAAAAAGCUACUCGUGAAAAUAUCUUCUAUAUCCCAUUGCUAAGGAAUACACUUAAACAUCAUCAAAACACGCUAAUAGGCGGACCAUUAAAAUUAAACAAAAAUUCAUUUUACGGACCUGAUGGAUUCGUAAUCGGAUUGGAUUAUUCAAAGUCUGCUGACAAACUACUUGUUGCACGUAUUUUUAUUGAGUCAAUUGCAUUUUGUACAAAAUUCAUGUUAGAAAAUUGUCGUAAACAAACACGCAUUUCUCCUUCUAUUCUUUAUGUUAAUGGAAAUGUGGCACGUUCAAAUUGGUUGCUACAGCGUAUAUCUAAUGUAAUCGGAAUCCCAGUGGAACGCAGAGGUCUUGAAGAAUGUAGUUGUAUGGGUGCAGCAAUUGUUGCUGGUGUCGGUGCAGGUUUAUGGCCAAGUUUCUCCGCAGCAACUGAAGCUGUACACAAACGACUUCAGUCAGAAGCAAAUAGUCUUCCGUCUGUUGAUAUUAAUAAUACUGAUCUUAAUAAUAAUAAAAAAUUAAAUUCACAUAAACUAUACAAGCGGUUUAUGCCUGAAUCGUCAGAAAUAUGCAUAUCUAUAAAAAAACGUUAUCAUAUUUGGUCGCACAUACGUGCUUCAUAUUUGCGAAAAAAAUAGAUUGGCUUAAAACUUGUAUAAAAUAACAAAGGCAUAAUCUAUUACGUUUUAUUGUUAAUUCAUUCUCUUUUUUCUUUCGUUAUUUAGUUACCUGCAGAUGGGUGUUCGUCCGUUUGUUCGUUAUUAUAUAUUUGUAUUACUUGUAUCUAUAUUUUCCUUUUUAAUAUAUUUUUUUGUUUGUACUUAUGUUCAUUAUUUUAUCGGAUUAUUAUUUAUCCGUUCUAUUGUUUGUCUGUUUUUUUUAUUGUACGGUUUACAUUUUAUAUAGUGAUAAAUUUGAUUAUAAACAAAAUAAAUGUUCUUCGUUUCAGUUCAACAUUUUCGUCAAUUUUCCAUCACAUAUUAUACAUUUCUGUGAUCAGUCAAUACUAGAGGAGAUAUAUUUAGAUAAGAAAGUAUUGUAGUGAACGAGAACACCAGUGGAGACAACCAAAUACAUGUGAAUAUAAAAUUACAAAAUCUCUUAGUAAAAUUCGAGAACCAUACAGCAAAUACUCCACUUGCAAAAUGUCUAUCAAUUGUCUCAGACUUGAUUGUUUCUUCGUUUC